ACUAAUCAAAAAAGGGGACACAAAAAUGACAUUUAUCGUCACCUCCGGUGUUCCUUUGCCGCCAUUUUGAAGCACGCUUGCCUGAAAUUAGUGAAAAAAGGGGCAUUUAUGAAUUAAAAUUUUCAUAAAAUAGAUGGAUUAUAGGCAAUAAUGCCUACCAAGAUAUUUGUAGGAAAUCUUUCAUCAGAUACAACUGGGGAGGAUUUGCGGCCAUUUUUUGAACAGUAUGGGCGGGUUACAGAAUGUGAUGUUUUAAGAAACUUUGGCUUUGUGCAUAUGACAGUAGAAGAGGAGGCGGAGCAAGCAAUCAAAGAACUAGGUGGAACCUUUGUUAAAGGACAGAGAAUCAAUGUCGAGAAAUCUACAGGAAGUGGUAAAGGCGGUGGCAGAGGUGGUGGUGGUGGUGGCAAAAUGAUGGGGGGCAGAGGAGGUAGGGGAGGUGGAAGAGGGCGUGGUGGCCUGAGAGGUGGUGACAGAGACUAUGAUCCAUAUCCCCCACCAAGGGCACAUCCAUAUGGUAGAGACCCUUAUCCAUAUGAUUAUUACGAUAGACAUUAUCCAGAACGGCUACCACCUCCCAGACCUCUACCUCCAGAUGAUCGACGAUUGGCAUAUGACAGAGAAGACAGACUUCCCCCUCCCAGAGACCCCUAUGAUAGAUACCCUCUCCCUCGAUAUCCACCAGACAGAUACGCGGCCUAUGACAGAUACCCUCCACGACCAGCUGAUCCAUAUGAUCGGCCACCUCCAGAUUAUUAUAGGUACAGGUCUGAGAUAAGUGGGAAGAAAACACAGGUAACACGACGUUUACCAGAGGAACUACCCCCACCUCCCGGUACACGUAGUGCCGCAAAUGGGUUUGAAGAACGAGGUAGACCAGAAGCUGGAGCCGGUAAUGAGAGCUACAGCAGUUCAUAUUCAAGUUACUACGACAGGUUUUACAGUAAAACUCCAGCUAAUGGAGCAGCUCCACCCCCUGCACGUCCCGGGGUAUCUGCAGCAGGGCGUGGUGGUCCCAUGGCUCCAAGGGGAGCGGCAGCUGUAGCAGCAGCAGCUGCAGCCAGGAAACAACAGCAAGAUCAACAAAGUAUGCUGCAGACAGGACCAAUAUACUUUUAGGAGUUAACUUUUAAAUUUCUCAGCCAAUGAUUUUAUGACACAUUACAUUAUACCCCUUUUGUUGUCUGACAGUACAGAUCGUGAGUGCAGUUCUAGUACAGAAUUUGUAACUGACAGUGUAGUUUUAUUCUGUAUGGAAAUGAAAAGAGAAUUCAAAUAGGGGCUGAUGAAAAGAGGGUCUAAUAUUUGUAUCUGACCAAAUAAGUAUAUCUUGACUGAGGGCAAGAUGUUGAAAGUAAACGUCAGUGUAGUGUGUUAUGUGAUGAAUGAGAGUAUUAGUUUCAAGUGAGUCAAAUUGCAAGUCUGUUAUUUAAGGUUGUUUUCUAUUUUCAUAGAAUUUUUCUUUAGAUUUCUAAAGGUAUGCACAUCUGGGCAAGGCAUUGUUGUAUGCAAAGACGUUUGCCGUGUUUUAGAAUACAUAGGUAUUUUUCUCAUAUAGAAAGAUGGACACUUUCAUUGAAAUAAAACAUUAGUGCUCUUUCCAUGUACAUUUAUCAAAAAAAAAAAAGACCUUCACAUUAUUGUCUGAUAAACCACAGUUCAGAUACACAUGAAUUGAACCGAGAAGGCAUUGGCUUAAGUGGUUAAGUUCCCAAGUGCGUUUGAACUGUAGUUUAUCAGAUGAUAAGCUACAAGUAGGCCUUGUUCAUUUUCAUUUUAACAUGUUCAUUGAAAUUCUAAGAUAAUAAUAAUGCUAUUUUUCAUGAGUAAUGAUAAACCGGAUGUCCUGCAGCAAUUUGACAUUGUCGUGUUCUCUCACAGCGUGGUUGCCCUCUGUUUAAUUGGCAAGCAGAUAACCCCAUGUAAAAAUGUUCUGUAGAUCAUUGUGAGAAAGUGGCAAGUAAUUCACUGGAGCAAUGUCAUACACAUUACAAGCAUUAUGUAAGUUGCAAUUUCUUUUAAAGUUCCUUUAAAUAUUGCAUUUUGUCAUCCAAAAACAAGUGCAUGACCUUGAGAGUUCUGUGUGGUGGAACACUAUCGAUGUGAUUUAGUUCUUUCAGAACACUGUGAGACUUCAGCCCUGUUAGUAGAUUUGUUUGGGGUUUUUUUUGAAGUUUUGUUGAACAUUGAUACAAGUAAGGAUGGCAGUAAAUGUUGGUCCUCUGCCUUGUUUCUUUUUGCAUUUUACUAGUAGGAAAUUCUUCACAGUAUUACCAUGGUUACUGGAUGGGAAAUAGAACAUACAUAUUGGGAAAGAAUACUUUUUUAAGUAUGUUUAAAAACAGGACAUGUUUAUAUCAGCUUAUCAGAGAGAAACUGCUGCUGGACCAAAUAGCUUUAUUUUUUAUCUCCCAACUUGUAUCUUUCAGUAACCUUCAUUUUCAGAUUUUGCCAAAUCAUUGGGAACUUUACAUCAAACAGUCAUGUUCAUAACAAUUUACCAAGUUCUGCUGUGUUGAAAAACUAAAUACUUGAUAUAAGAUGGAAAAAAGAAAGUUAAAUAAUUAUUUACAACCUACCAGUACUUGCCCUUCAGCAUUUUGGUCAUGUGAUGGAAACACAAGAUUUUGUAGAAGUACAUUGUACCAUUAUAAGAAGUGCAGGUUGGCAAAAGGACUGCUAUAUAAAUGCUGGCUCAGCAGUCUUCACAUAUUUUAGAUACUAAUGAAUGAUAAUAGAUUGGUGUUCACAGCACAUUUUCUUUUUUCAACUACAAUCAUGGUUAUAAAAUUAGGCUCAUUUGUGUAAUUGUAAUCAGUUGUAAAAUCAUGUACCGAGGUCUGAAAGACUAUAGCAUAAUUAUGUAAAUAUAUGUUCAGCAGUUGAUGAUUUUAUAAGAAAUGUUCAUGUUAAUUGGUUUUACAAAGAACAAUAAAGGAAACACUAAAACUAAAGACAUCUAAAAUGCUAGGAACUUGAUUAGAGAACAUGAAGUAUGCCAUUGUCAUUCUACUGUACUUAAAAGUUGUAAGUGGCAGUAUUUGUAUAUUUGUUUGAGAAACUGUUAGCUGCAAUUAUGUCAUUGUUAUGUAGAUAAAUCACUUGUUUCUGUUGUUAUUAACAUGUUUUAUAUCUGUCAUAUCAACAGUUGUGUAACACAUAAGUUUAAGUUGAUUGGAAAUGGCCUCCCUUUUAGUUUAAUUGUGUGUGCAUAUCUCGGACUUACAUGCUCAUAUUUUGUUAUUUUAGUGUAAAGGAAAAUCUAAGUCCAAUGUCUGAAAAAAAGUCUCAUAUUUACCAUAUAUUUACCUUAUAUUUAUAACUGUCGGGAGCUUCAAAAAUAAUUCUGAAGUAACUCUUUUCCAUAACUUGUCAUUGUGUAAGCAUAUUAUGGGUGCCAAAAGAAAGUUGAUCUUCAUCCCUUACUUGUAGGCUAAUGCUGGGAACCAGUAGAACUUGCUGUAGAUAACUUAACCUGUUGUACAUUUAGCUCAUAGCGCUGUUCAUCUCAAAAUUUUGAGUAAAUAAGUACUUAAAAGCGUUCAAGUCUUUUAAUAUGGUACUUCAUAAAGCCCAGAGUGUGUCUUUUUAUUUUUAAUCAAAUAGAUGAAAUAUUCUGUACUACACAUGUCACUUAGUGAGCUGUAAUUCCCUGUUACAGAGUAUAGACCUAAAUUUGAAUGUUUUGUGUAUUUCUGAACUAAUAAGCUCCUCAUUAAAGUCUCCUGCUUUCUUUGUCGAUAAAACAUUUAUUUCAUAUGAUUAAAUUGUAGUUAGCUUCAUUUGGGUUUAAGUGGGACUUGAGAAGUGUUUUAGUGGUUUAUAAGAAAAAAGAGAACAAUGUUUCUUUAUGGAGGGAAAAUAUGGAUGAUAGAUGUUUGCAUUGGUUUGAAAACAUCUUUGGAGUUAUGUUAAACUUCCACCUUUUUCAGGUAUAACUGUUACUGAUUUCAGAUUGCAUAGUCAAGAAUUCAAAUCUUAGUCAUAACUACCAGUAGUUGUUGAGAGAAUGUAGAUAUGUUCAUGUAUUUUAAAAUGUUAACACACAGUCCCAUUUUAAAAGAGAGGAGACGUCAAUGAAAAUAUGAUCAGACUACAAUGUUAAAAAAGGUCUUUAUGUUUAUAGAAAUUAGAGUGAAUUUGUAUUUCACAGUUACUUCCUACUAAAAAUCAUUUAAGAUGGCAGCAUUCAUUUAUUCAUUGUGCUGAUUUCAUUUCUUGUUGAACUAUUCUCAGUAUAUCCGAAGUCCUAGCUUUGGCUAAUAAUAAAAUUGUACGCAAGGCUUUUUUGAUCAUAGAAGUAAUUAUGUGCUUCUGAGUAUAGUAAGGCUGUAUACUAUAUGGUCAUUUCAUGACAGGACCUGCAUUAGUAGAAAAAAAAUUAGACAACUUUGUUUUUACAUUUCAAAACGAAUGUUUGAAGUAAACUCCACUAUUGUGAGAUCUGCAAUGUUUUAAAGUAAGACAUCAAAUGCGUUUAGAUUAAACAUCAAGAAAGCUGGGAAAGCAUUAUGACAUUGUCGCAUAUGGCAUGUACAGUGCAUGUCACUUAAGUGACAAAUUACGUAUACCCAGUAAUAAGGUUUUUGUGGGUUAUAUUUCUUAAAUAGUACAUACAUUCUUUGUUAAGACAACACUGAAAUUAGCAUAAUGUUUGAUAACUUUAUUUGAAAAAUGAAAUAACCUUGUGAAAUGUAGGUUGAUGUAAAUAUUUUUCAUCAACAGCAGUCUGAGUCAUCUAUAUGAAAGAGUUUGUAGCAUUAAUUUCUUCUAAACAAGUUGCCAUACAUUUAUAUAUUUUAAGUUCUUUACAUUUUGGAAAUUCUGUACUUGCCUUUCAGUGCUGCAAUAACAAAUAUUGUCAUUUGUGAUGUUUAGAGAAAUAGUUUCAACUGAACUAGCGUUUUAGGAUCAAGUUAAAACAUCAAGUUAAUAGGAAGGGAAAGUUUGGAUGCAGAUGAAAGGGAUUGAAAGUCAAAAAUAUAGUAAUAUUUUACUUUAUUAUUGUAAUGUUUUUACAGAGAUGCAAUAAUUCUUUUGACAUAGUUAUCAGAAUAUGAGGCUUUCUUUGUUUAAAUAUUGUAUCGUUGUGUGUGUUUAAGCUAAAUUAGAUUUUGUCACGUAGAAUUUGAAAAAGUGUUUCCGAGUUUGACCGAAAUGACAGUUGAUAUACUAUGCUUUAAUUUUUUUCUUCCUGUAAGUUGUUUAUUUUUUUAGAUAGUAGUUUUCUGAACAAAUACACUGAGAAGGUUCAGUGUUAGUAAAUAUGAACCCAGAGUCUCAUAGUCCAUUGAAUUGUAUAUAAUUGUCAUACUAACAGUGUCGUUGAAAUAAAUGUAUUUUGUCAUCAUUUCUCAGUCAAAAAUAAAAAAUAGAAAAACAGA